AUGGGUGAAUCUUUGGACAGCAGGAGUGCUGCUGGGUCUCCCCGGGGGCACUGGAGCUUCUCCUGGGUGGCUGAAGACGACCUGACGGUGAUUUUUCCAAACAGCACUGUAUCCAAGUCAGAUAACCAGUGUCCUGGAAACAGAAGAACAUGCAACCAGCAGUUUAAGGAUGCCCCAGAGUUCUCCUGGAGGAUAGUGGCAACAGGCGGCCUGCAGGAAGAUGGCAAAACCGAGAAGAAUGCUGGAAGUCCACAGGGUUGGGAGGAAGGUAAGAAUGAAGGUCAGUUCUUCUGGGUCAACAGUUCAGUCUUUGGAGGACCCUGGGUCUUAAGUCCAUGGCUGUGGGGGAGUCGAGGUCUGUGUAGCUUGGAUAUGGCUGUGUUUCUUCACCCUAAACAAAGUGGACAAUACACCAUUUGGCUCAUAGAGCGAGACAAGCCACCUUUCAAACUCUUCUCGACUGUCACGCUGCCACAAAUGACCGGCUGGGCAGUGGUCCAACUCACCCUGGGGACGCCCGGAGGAGCACCGUUUCGGGUGUCGGCCAGCUACGAUCAGCGGGUCCCACAGGAUGAUACCGCCACCAUCGAGCCCCAUUUCACCACCAACUGCACCGUGGCAUCCUCACUUGGUCCAAACAUCACAUUGGAGGGCCAGUACCACUGCCACCAGGGCCCAGGGAUCCCCCUGGACAAAUUGUGUGACUUCCGAACAGACUGUCCACUUGGGGACGACGAGGGCGACCGUUGCCGUCGCUUCCUGAACGGCAGCUACUGCUCUUUUGAAGAAGGCGAUUGCGGCUGGCAGUCAAUUGCAGGCAGGAGUCUCUCCUGGAGAAGAGUUCAGUCUCCAGCCAAAUCAAGCAGACAGAGCUGCUCCCCGUCAGGUGCAACAUUUACUAUAGAGAGGGGCCAGUCUAAAGGUCAGCAUGUCUCUGCGUUGUUGAAGAGUCCUCUCUUCCCCCCUCCGUUGAGGAACUCCCCCUGCACGGUUCGGUUCCGGCUGUGUUCUGGAGGGUCACAGAGGGACUCUCUGUCUUUGUGGAUAGUGGAAAACAGCACAGGGCCCGACGAGCAGAGCAGACUGUGGCGUUUAGCCGGCGAGCCCAAAUCUGACAAAGGCUGGAGACUCAUCACUCUUCCUCUUUACGGACUGUCAGACUGGUUCUGGCUCCAGUUCAGUGCAGAAGAUGGAUCUGGACCUGGUUCAACCAUUUUUGUUGACAACAUCUCUUUCAGCAUGGACUGCUUCUUGGCAUCUAAUGGCGAGUUUCCACCUGUGGCCACCAGCACAAGCAGAGUUCCAUCAAGACCUACAACCAAGACUCCACUUCCCUCCAUCCGAAGCCCUCCAGUGACCUUCCCCCCCACAGGCUACUCCAAAAAAUGGAUUUUUCACACCUGUGGGGCUGUGGGUCCCGAGGGCCCGACUCCCACUCAAUGCCUCAACUCCUACAGAAGUAGCAACGUCAACGUGACAGUCGGCACCCGGGGGCCCUUCAAAGGCGUUCAGAUGUGGCGGGUCCCAGAAACCGGCACCUACAGGAUCACGGCCUACGGUGCGGCCGGCGGGCGAAGCGUGACGGCCAUGAGCAGGUCGCACGGCGUCUACAUCACGGGGGACUUCCUGCUCAGGAGGGGGGAUCUGCUUCACAUCCUGGUGGGACAACAAGGAGAAGAUGCCUGCCCCAACUCCAACGCCGUCCUGAAUAAAAUCUGCCUGGAGCAGAGCGGCCCGACGGUGAACACAAGUCAAGUGAAGGGAGGCGGAGGAGGAGGUGGAGGAGCGACGUAUGUGUUCAAGGUGGACAGGGGCGUGUACAUCCCUCUCAUCAUCGCUGCCGGCGGCGGUGGUCUGGGCUACAGCAGCCAAUCAGAGACCCAGCUGGAGCAGAUGGACUACGACCUCAGCCAACCAGGACGCAACGGGAAGUCUCACGCCGCAGGUGGAGGUGGAGGUUGGAACGACAGCGCUCCUGUCAGCCAGGGUGGCAGACCCCUGGUGCUGGGGGGCCAGGGGGGGCAGGCCUGUCAGAAGUUCUGGCAGACCCGCGGUGGCUUCGGGGGCGGCGGGGGCGGAUGCAUGUCGGGCGGCGGCGGCGGAGGCUACAGAGGCGGUAACACCUCCCUGUAUGACAACCCAAAAACUGAUGGUGAUGAUGGGACGUCCUUCCUCGGCCCAGACGGCGAGCCCUUCCUUUACCCUCUGAAAGCCAUGGAGGGAGACGGUGAGGUGAUCGUCAGCCCAGUUCAGAACUGCAGCCACUGCGAAAGCGGCGAGUGCCACGAGGGCAAAGACGGCAUUGUCUGUUACUGCGACGAAGACCUCGUCCUGGCCUCGGAUGGAGUGUCCUGCAUCAACGCCUCAGACGUGUCCCUGCUGCCUCCACAGCCGUCUCUGUCCCAUCUGGCUCUGGGUCUGUCUGUGGGGACUUCGGCCCUCAUCGCUGCCCUGCUGCUGGCCGUGUCCGGAGUCAUGAUCAUGUAUCGACGUAAACACACCGAGCUGCAGUCCAUUCAGCUGGAGCUGCAGAGUCCAGACUGUAAGCUCAGCAAGCUGCGAGCCUCCACCAUCAUGACCGACUACAACCCAAACUAUUGCUUCGCGGGCAAAACGGCGUCGGUCAGCGACCUGAAGGAGGUACCGCGACGCAACAUUUCCCUCACCAGAGGUCUGGGUCACGGUGCAUUCGGAGAGGUUUAUGAAGGUCUGGCUGUGGGGAUACCAGGAGAACCGAGUCCAUUGCAGGUGGCUGUAAAGACUCUACCUGAAGUUUGCUCUGAGCAAGAUGAGCUGGACUUCCUCAUGGAGGCUCUAAUUAUCAGUAAGUUCAACCACCAGAACAUUGUGCGUUGCAUCGGAGUCAGCCUGCAGGCCAUGCCCAGGUUCAUCCUGCUGGAGCUGAUGGCUGGAGGAGACCUCAAGACCUUCUUGAGGGAGACUCGACCCCGGCUGGACCAGCCGUCCAGCCUGACCAUGGUGGACCUCCUCAACGUAGCCAGAGACAUCGCUAAGGGCUGCCAGUAUUUAGAGGAGAACCAGUUCAUACACAGGGACAUUGCAGCUCGAAACUGCCUACUGACCUGCAAGGGAUCGGGCCGGGUGGCCAAGAUCGGAGACUUCGGGAUGGCUCGAGACAUUUACAGGGCUAGCUAUUACAGGAAGGGGGGGCGUGCCAUGCUGCCAGUGAAAUGGAUGCCACCUGAAGCCUUCAUGGAGGGGAUCUUCACAUCGAAAACAGACACGUGGUCGUUUGGGGUGCUGUUGUGGGAGAUUUUUUCCCUGGGCUACAUGCCGUAUCCGAGUCGCAGUAACCAGGAAGUGUUGGAGUUUGUAACCAACGGAGGAAGGAUGGACCCACCUAAAAACUGUCCUGGGCCAGUGUAUCGUAUAAUGACUCAGAGUUGGCAGCACCAGCCUGAAGACAGACCCAACUUUUCCACGAUUCUUGAGAGAAUCGAUUACUGCUUACAGGACCCAGAUGUGGUGACCACGCCCCUGCCUGUGGAGUACGGGCCUGUUCCCGAGGAGGAGGAGCAUGUACCCAGUCGCCCUGACGACCCCUCAGCUCCAGCGGUGAUCGUGAAAGCCCAGACGUCUGAUGGGGAGGCUCCACAGCUGGCGCCAUCCUAUCCUGCAGGGGACAGAAGAGGGGGGGAGCACACGGUCGUGACGAGCACAGCAGCCGAGGCCAAAGCACAGACGUCCGUCCAGCCUCAGCCAUGCAUUCACCAGCCUCACACACAGACCUCCAUCGCCAUGACAACCACUAUCCCAGUCACCUCCGCUGUCUCCGCGACACUCGCUGCCAAGGCAUCACAUGUCGCAACCCAACCAAGCUCCGAGGGGGGCCACAUUAACCUUGCUUUUGCCCAGGGGCACCCCCAGGAGAAGGAGGGCCACAACGGCAAAAACACCAGUCUCUGGAAUCCCACAUACGGCUCGUGGUUCCUUCAGCAGCAGAGGAAGCAGCAGAGGCUGGGAGGGGUGGGGGGUCCCGGAGGGAGCACUGGUAGGGUGCCGGGAGAGGGGCAGGAGCAGGUGGGUCGGACUGUGGCCGAGGUGGCGGGGGCAAUAGGUCUCCAACACCAGCACAAGCAGUUUCAGCACCAACUGCAGCUGCUGCACCAUCAGCAGCAGCAGCAGCAGCAGGGCCUCUGCAGGCCGCUGUUACCUCCACCGCCCCCACCUGCAGGCCAAUCACCUCUCCUUUUAGAUUCAACAGCCUUGCCUCCAGUUCCACUCUACAGACUGAGACGUUUCCCGUGUGGGAACAUCGGCUACGGAUACCAGGAUCACGGCCUGCCGUUGGACGCAGCCCACGGGAUCACCAACCCCCCUCCACCCCAGCAAGGUCUGCCUGUGCCAACCUCGGCAAACCAUCCGAGAGGGGCGACUAUUCCCAAUCAAAUGUCGUUGGGUCGGUCGGGCGUGUCUGAGGACAGCCGCCCACUGCUGGUUACCAUGGGAACAGUGCAGGACCCGAGGCUGCCCCGAAUGGAAGGCCACAACGCCACCGUGCUUUAGCCCAGACGCCUGUACGGCUGCGCUCACCAUCAGGACAUGAAGCAGUUUUUCCUCCAUCUUGGUUCACUCCUGUAGUUCCACCAGAACAGAUCUCUGAAACAGGCCUCACACACGCAGGACAACCUUUGAGGUACGAUAAAAACCCCGGCAGACCUUAAAGCACAUUAGGAGGGAAAAAAAUAAAAUAAAAAAAUUUUAAUCACAAGAAAACCGAUGAACCCUGUUUGACACUCCGCUUCGUCCAUCAGAACCUUCACUGUUCCUUCUUGGUGGGGUGGGCAUGGGGAAAAACUUGUAUUAGACUAUUUUUU